CAUAAAUGUAAAUAUCUUACUGAGGAAUAAAGUAGCCCUGUCUUACAAAUUUCCUUUGCUUGAAGUAGAAAAAUUGCUGUACAAUUUUAACACCACCCUACACCCAACAGUGAAAAAUGGCAGUACAGAAGGUGGGUGUCCACACAGAGGAAACAGCUGAAAAGUUGCAAUUGUAACGAACAACUUAGUUGAAAGUAUAAUAAGGCUGUAAUGCAUGAGGAUAAGUGUAAUUAUAAGGUAUAAAAAGAGGUGGGAACUAUAAGACAUGAUAAUGGCAACAAGAAACUUGUUAUGGGGAUUUGGAGUGCCUGCAAGAUCUGAAUGCAAUAAGAAAAAGAGGACAAUGAAAGAGCAAUGGAAAUGGGAUAGAAAGGUAGAGAAUUUGAAAAUGUGGGUAUUGGGGGUUUGAUGCUAUGUAAAUAUAGAAAGUAUAUAAUACAGUGCAUGUGAUUGUGUAGUCAGAUGAGGUGGACCUUGAAUGAGGCUGUGCUUUGAGAAACCAGUCAUUUAUUGCAGGCCUCUAGAUUUGGAUGUAUAUUCAGUACACAGAUAAGUUCAUAGUAAUUCUGUGUGUAUUCACUGCAAUUGAUGGAUGAUGGGGACCUCGGAUGAGAAUGAGGCUGAAUAGUUGAUUGUAGAACAGCUUUUGAAUAAGAUGAAUGAGGAUAUGGAGAUAUUUGUGCUACAAAAUAGAUUGAGUGGAAGAAAAAGACACACAUACCAGGUAGAGGAAAUGAAAUUGCUUGACUGUUUACAGUUCACUUCAUAUAAUCAAGUUAGUGAAUAUGCAUACUACAAUAUGGAAUCCUUGCAAGGCUGAGUAAGUUCAGAUGGUUUGUUCUCAACUUCUCAGUCAACUUAUAUGCAUGUUUCUGCAAUUGGGUUGUUUUCAGCAGCUAUAUGCAGUCUCUUUUUGUUAUGCAUUCACAAUAGGUUCUGCAAAUCCAAGGAAGAUUAGGUGGAUGUGAAAGUGAGGCAACUUACAUCUGGGUCUUUGGAUGACAGUUGAUGCCACAUUGACAGAUACUAUAAUUUGGGAUACAUUCCCUUGUAUUUGAUGAACAGUUCUGUAUUUUGAAAUAAGAAGAGGAGUCAAAGGUUGAAUCAAAAGGUAGAUGACUAUUACUAUUUGCAACUACUUUUUUUCUCAGAGGAGAGGAGUCAAAAUUAUAUUCAGAAUGUGAACGGUAAACUGAAAAGUAGGAGAAAAGAGUCAGAAAUUGUGUUCAGAAGUUGGUUGUUAACUUACUUUCUGAUAUUAAGAGGAGUCAAAAUUAUAUUCUGAACUUAUUAGGCGGACUGUAACUACUAUCAUCCGAUAGGAAAGGAGUCAAAAGUUAAUGCAGAAAGUGGAUGGAAACUGCUAAUUUAUGAUACAUCCUUCUCUAUUGGAGGGACUCCACUUUAAGAUAUAAAAGUAGGAGAUGCCAAUACCAUGAUGUUAGAAAUCUAAAGCUAUUCUAAAAUAAUCUCUGUAUUGUUGUUGGCACAGGCAUGGGGCCGAUUUUCAGGGAGAUGAUGAAUAAUUCGGUCAUGGGUAGUGCAGUUUCUGCAUUAGCUAUGGCCUGGAAGAAGAGAUAUAUCACUGAUGAUCAAUGGGAGCGGCUAUAUUUUGAGUUUCUCUAUUGUUGUUCCUUCUUCUGGAAGUACCCAAUUCACAUAGGUGCUUUCCUCAUUUGUGCUCCAAGGUUGAUCAGAAUUCUAUUGUUCUUCUAUCCUCUGUUGAUUUCCACCGUGCUUUUCUUGCUGGUUGUAUUUAGCCUUGGCCCACAGUUGGAAAGAAUGAGGGUUGAUAGGGAUCUACAGUGGCAUAGGUUUAGAGAAGCAGCUGUGAGUGUUGAAGACGGUAACGGAGUUAGUUGGGCUUGUCAACAGCCUAAUGGAAAUAUUGAAAUGCCUAGCGGAGUCAAUAGCAAGCUGGCAGAAGGUGCAGAUGGUUGGGCAGAAUGGACAGAGAGUCUUGAGAAAUUAGACCGGUCUAUUUUUUAUGUAGAAAAACAUCCCGGUAAAGAGAAAGAUGACAAAAAUCUUGACUUUGGAAACACUACAGAGGAGAAGGUUGAAGAGGAUGGAGGAGGCCCAAUGGGUGUUUCAGGCAAAAGUCUUAUUCUAGGCAAGGUAAGAGAGCUUAUGGAGAGAUUGAUUGAUGAAUUGGGUGGGAGAGUAGAGCUUGAUGCUUUGAAUGCUUUGGAGAGUAUCACGCAAGUCCUGAUUGAGAGCACAGGUAUGGAUGUUCGGAACCAAGGCAUGUAUACUUGCCCUUUUGACAUGAUAGAAGAGGAGUACGAACUUUCAGAUGACAAGCAAUUCCAUAGAACUUUGUGUGCUGGCGAUUCUGAAUUGCUAUCCAGACAAGGCACUGAGAAUACUGAGAUCCUUAAGCAUGAACCUUGCGAAAAUAAAGAGAAUUUUUGGGAUUAUGAGUGCGAAAGAAAUAACCCUAGCAUUCUGGCCAUGGCAGAAGCAGAGCUCAAGCAGUCAUAUGAUAGGCAUUUGCACGAAACAGGCAAUGUUGGAGACUCUGAAUGUCUUCUAAGCCCACCCAGAAUUGAUAGUCCAAGUGAUGUGGGCUUUGAUCACGCGUCAGGAAUUUCCAAAGAUGAAGAGGACCUCAGUGAAAAUUUGAUCUUUAUAUCUGCAGAGGAUAUGUUAAUAGAUGAUGUUCAGUUCCAAACAACAGGUUAUGUUCAAAACAGUGAUUGCAAAGCCAGAACAAAUAAUGUUAUGUCAGCUUGCACAGGACAGGGCAAUGCAUCUUCUGUAUCUCAAGAUCUAGAAACUAGCGCCGCUGUUCUAGACGGAGAACAGAACUCAAAUAGGCUUUGGGAGUUUCCUCGGGACAAAUUAAGAACAUGUACAAGCCUGCCAAUUGAUGCUUUGAAAGAUGAGUUCAGAUGCAUGGAUGAACUCUGGGAAGCGCAUGAUCAUUUUGGGGAGAAGGCCUCUGCAACUGGGAAAGAAAAAGAUCAGCAGAAAAUACAUAGUAAUAACUGCAACAGAGAUCAGCAAGAGCACUCUCAACUUCCAUCCUCCUCUGUACAAAUCCCGGAACACAAAAAUAAGCUGCAAAAUCUGCUGUCUGGCAAGCUAAGAAACAGUAUUUCAGAACCAAUCACCUAUUUAAAGAGACCCCAGGUUUUGACAUCGCCUGUUAUGCUUGUAGGGACAGCAGAAAUGGAUUUCCUUUGGGAAAAAUACAAUGAUGCAAGCCAGGGAUCACUAUCUGCAAGGAAGGACUCCACAACAGACCAUCGUGGAGAUCUCCAAGAAAUUCUGGAUUCUGAUGCAGAGGACUUACAGGAACCCUCCCAGGUUUGUUGUCUUCAAGCAUUAAAAUUUUCUAAAGGAAAAAUGCCUUUGAGAAAACCCAGUUUGAAGAAAGUAUCCAAGGCCUUGAAAAAGCUUGGUCUUCUGCCACUUUUCAGAAGCAGAAAAACAUCUUGAUUCUGAGUUAAAAGUUGGGUAUCUCUUCUGCCAAUGGCUGUUCCUUUAUUGAAGCAUCUUAUUGUUCCUGCAUAUGAAUGUAAGCUAUUCAGUGUUGGGGAUGUAUUGAUACUGUUGUUUAUAAAAAGGGUGAAUGAAGUUUGUUGUUGUAGCUUCAUCAAUUUGAUGUCUUGAUGAUCUUAUAGCGUUGUUUAUGAAGGAGCAUCUGUUGGCUGAAAGUUAGAUGUAAGGGGGUGGUAGAGAUCAAUGGCACAGUCACAUAUCCAACCAGAAAGAAAGAAUACCUAGUUGCAAACUGACUUGUUUUUUAGUAGUUUAUAUACCAGUUCAUUUGCAGGAUACAUGAGAAAGUAGAAAAUUAGUAGUUGAAGAGGUAUCAGUAUUUGUUCAUGUUUUUAUAUCAGAUAGCAAAACAAAUU